GGCGGGGUUACAUCAGCCGGACUCCUCCCCCUAGCCAUUGGCAGCUCAGUUGCGGCUGGGCCUUGGAGGCAUCGGGAUAGCGCUCGGCAAUCUGCUAAGCCAUGGCUGUCCGGACCCCUGUACAACGGGGCGAUGCCACUGCCGAGAGAUACCUGUUUGUGGACCGGAACCACGUAGGCAAUCCAGCCUCACAAGCUGAUUGGACGGCCAAACGCCUGGUGUGGGUCCCGUCCGAACGUCAUGGCUUUGAGGCGGCUGGGCUGCGCGAAGAACGGGGAGAUGAGAUGUUGGUGGAGCUUACUGAGAAUGGCCGUCAGAUGCUGGUGGCCAAAGACGACAUUCAGAAGAUGAACCCACCCAAAUUUACCAAGGUGGAAGACAUGGCAGAGCUGACCUGCCUCAAUGAAGCCUCGGUGUUGCAUAAUCUGAAGGACCGCUACUACUCGGGUCUUAUCUAUACAUACUCUGGGCUCUUCUGUGUGGUCAUCAACCCUUACAAGAAUUUGCCCAUCUACACAGAACAGAUUGUGGAGAUGUAUCGGGGCAAGAAACGUCACGAGAUGCCACCUCACAUUUAUGCCAUCUCCGAGACAGCCUACCGAAGCAUGCUGCAAGAUCGAGAGGAUCAGUCGAUCUUGUGCACAGGAGAGUCAGGUGCUGGCAAAACAGAGAACACGAAGAAAGUGAUCCAGUACUUAGCACAUGUGGCUUCAUCUCAUAAAGCCCGGAAGGACCAUAAUGCGCCGACUUCCAGCCCUGCUUCCUACGGAGAACUGGAGCAUCAGCUACUGCAAGCCAACCCUAUCUUGGAGGCCUUCGGCAAUGCAAAAACGGUGAAAAACGACAAUUCCUCACGAUUCGGUAAAUUUAUUCGGAUUAAUUUUGAUAUAGCCGGCUACAUUGUCGGAGCCAAUAUAGAGACAUAUCUUUUGGAAAAGUCCCGUGCCAUUCGCCAGGCCAAGGAUGAGCGAACCUUCCACGUUUUUUAUCAACUCUUAGUAGGUGCUGGUGAACACACAAGAGGAGAGCUGUUGUUGGAGCCAUUCAAUCAGUAUCGCUUUCUGUCGAAUGGGUACCUGCCUAUCCCUGGACAGCAGGAUAAGGAGAUCUUCCAUGAGACUAUGGAAUCCAUGCGUAUCAUGGGCUUUUCACAUGAGGAAAUACAUUGUAUGCUGCGGAUGGUCUCAGCUGUGCUGCAGUUUGGCAACAUUGUCUUCCGUAAAGAGAGGAAUACAGAUCAGGCCUCCAUGCCGGAUAACACUGCUGCUCAAAAACUCUGCCACCUCCUGGGCAUGAAUGUCACUGAGUUCACCCGUGCCAUCCUUACCCCACGCAUCAAGGUCGGCCGAGACUACGUGCAGAAGGCACAGACGAAAGAGCAGGCUGACUUUGCUGUGGAAGCAUUGGCCAAAGCCACCUAUGAGCGGCUCUUCCGCUGGCUUGUGCAUCGAAUCAACCGUGCGUUGGAUCGUACCAAGCGCCAGGGGGCGUCUUUCAUCGGCAUUUUGGAUAUUGCUGGUUUUGAAAUAUUUCAGCUGAACUCCUUUGAACAACUCUGCAUCAACUACACCAAUGAAAAGCUCCAACAGCUCUUCAACCACACCAUGUUCGUGCUAGAGCAGGAAGAAUACCAACGAGAAGGCAUUGAGUGGAAUUUCAUUGACUUUGGUUUGGACCUUCAACCCUGCAUUGAUCUCAUUGAGAGACCAGCAAACCCUCCAGGGCUGCUGGCUCUGCUAGAUGAAGAGUGCUGGUUCCCUAAAGCCACUGAUAAGAGCUUUGUGGAAAAAGUUUCCCAGGAGCAAGGGUCCCAUCCCAAAUUCCAGAAACCCCGGCAGCUGCGGGAUAAAGCUGACUUCUGCAUCAUCCAUUAUGCCGGCAGGGUUGACUACAAAGCAGAUGAGUGGCUGAUGAAAAAUAUGGACCCUUUGAAUGACAAUGUGGCUACUCUUCUUCAUCAAAGCACGGACAAGUUUACUGCUGAACUGUGGAAAGAUGUGGAUCGCAUUGUGGGUCUGGACCAAGUAAGCGGGAUGGGAGACCUGGCCUUUGGCGCCUCUUACAAGACAAAGAAAGGAAUGUUCCGGACUGUAGGACAGCUGUAUAAGGAGUCUCUCUCCAAACUUAUGUCAACUUUGCGCAACACCAACCCCAACUUUGUGCGGUGCAUCAUACCCAACCAUGAGAAAAGAGCUGGAAAACUGGAACCACAUCUCGUACUGGACCAGCUGCGUUGUAACGGAGUCCUUGAGGGAAUUCGCAUCUGUCGCCAGGGAUUCCCCAAUCGCAUUAUCUUUCAGGAAUUCCGCCAAAGAUACGAGAUCCUGACACCAAAUGCCAUUCCCAAAGGCUUCAUGGAUGGAAAACAGGCCUGUGAGCGUAUGAUUAAGGCUUUGGAGCUGGAUCCUAAUCUCUACCGCAUUGGCCAGAGUAAGAUCUUCUUCCGGGCUGGUGUUUUGGCUCACCUGGAAGAGGAACGAGAUCUGAAGAUUACAGAUAUAAUCGUGUCCUUCCAGGCAGCGGCCAGGGGAUACCUAGCUCGCAAAGCUUUCAUGAAAAAGCAGCAGCAGAUGAGCGCCCUCAAAGUUAUGCAACGCAACUGUGCAGCCUACCUCAAACUGCGCCAUUGGCAGUGGUGGCGCCUGUUUACCAAGGUGAAGCCCUUGUUGCAGGUGACACGCCAGGAUGAGGUGAUGCAAGCGAAGGCAGUAGAACUACAGAAAGUCCAAGAGAAGCACACAAAAACCCAACUGGACCUUAAGGAACUAGAAAACAAAUAUCAACAGCUCUCAGAGGAGAAAGCCAUCCUGGCUGAGCAGCUGCAGGCUGAGACGGAACUGUUUGCUGAAGCCGAGGAGAUGCGGGCCCGGCUGGCGGCUCGGAAGCAAGAACUGGAGGACAUCCUGCAUGAGUUGGAGUCACGGGUGGAAGAAGAGGAAGAGAGAUGCCAGCAGCUACAGGGAGACAAGAAGAAGAUGCAACAGCAUGUUCAGGAUCUUGAAGAGCAGCUGGAGGAAGAAGAGGCUGCUCGACAAAAGCUGCAGCUGGAAAAAGUCAGCACAGAAGCCAAGCUGAAAAAGAUGGAAGAAGAUCUGCUGGUGCUCGAAGACCAAAAUUCAAAGUUGCAUAAAGAGAGGAAGCUGAUGGAGGAACGCCUGUCGGAGUUCUCUUCUCACAUGGCAGAAGAGGAAGAGAAGGUGAAGAGCCUGAGCAAACUGCGCAAUAAAUAUGAAGCUGUCAUCGCUGACAUGGAAGAUCGUCUCAAGAAGGAAGAAAAAGGCCGCCAGGAGCUGGAGAAGCUGAAACGGAAGCUGGAUGGGGAGGCAGGCGACCUGCAGGAACAGGUGGUAGAGUUGCAACAGCAGCUGGAAGAGCUCCGCCAAGCACUGGCGAAGAAAGAAGCUGAGCUGCAGGCAGCUUUGGCCAGAGUGGAGGAAGAAUCAGCCCAGAAGAACGCUGUGCUCAAGUCCCUGCGUGAGCUCCAAGCACAAAUAUCAGAGCUGCAGGAGGACCUGGAGUCGGAGAAGAUGGCCCGUGCCAAAGCUGAGAAACAACGGCGUGAUCUGGGGGAGGAGCUGGAAGCUCUAAAGACAGAACUGGAGGACACCCUGGAUUCCACGGCCGCACAGCAGGAGCUACGGUCAAAACGAGAGCUCGAGGUGACCGAGCUCAAAAAGACCAUUGAGGAUGAGAUCAAGGCGCAUGAAGUACAGGUGGUAGACAUGCGCCAGCGCCACACCAGUGCUCUGGAGGAGCUGUCAGAGCAGCUGGAGCAGUCCCGGCGGUUCAAAGCUACUCUGGAGAAGGCAAAGCAAGCAUUGGAAGGGGAAAAUAUAGAGAUGCAGAAGGAAGUGAAGAUCCUGCAAGGAGCCAGACUGGAAUCUGAGCAGCGGCGCAAGAAGCUGGAGAGUCAAGUCCAGGAACUGCAACUCCGGGCAGCUGAAAGUGAAAGAGUCAAAUCUGAGCUCACUGACAGGCUGGUGAAACUGCAGAAUGAGCUUGAUGGAGUCUCUGGUACCUUGGGAAGUGCAGAAUCCAAGACAAUAAAGCUUGCCAAGGAUCUGGCUAGUGUUGAAUCCCAUCUGCAGGAUACUCAGGAAUUGCUCCAAGAAGAGACGAGGCAGAAGCUGAAUCUGAGCUCUCGAGUCCGGCAACUGGAAGAGGAGAAAGGAGCUCUGCUGGAACAGUUGGAGGAGGAAGAAGCUGCCAAGGCCAACUUCAGUCGCCAGAUCCAGAGUUUGCAGCAGCAGGUGAUGGAGACCAAGAAGAAACUGGAGGAGGAUGCUGGAGUAGCAGAAUCAAUUGAGGAAGCUCGGCGCCGGGCAGCCAAGGAACUAGAGGCCCUCACCUUGCGCUACGAUGAGCGGGUUCAGGCCUGUGACAAGCUGGAGAAAGGGCGAACCCGCCUGCAGCAGGAGCUGGAUGAUGUCACCGUGGCCCUUGACCAACAGCGCCAGGUGGUCUCUGCCCUUGAGAAGAAGCAGAAGAAAUUUGACCAGAUGUUGGCUGAGGAGAAGCUGAUCUCAGCCCGCCAUGCUGAGGAGAGGGACCGUGCAGAAGCUGAUGCCCGUGAGAAGGAGACCAAGGUGUUAUCACUGAGCCGUGCUUUGGAAGAGGCUCUAGAAAUAAGGGAGGAGCUGGAGAGGCAGAAUAAGCAGCUGCGAGCAGAAAUGGACGACCUGGUCAGCUCCAAGGAUGAUGUUGGCAAAAAUGUGCAUGAGCUCGAGCGCUCCAAGCGGGCCUUGGAACAGCAAGUGCAAGAGAUGCGAACCCAACUGGAGGAACUGGAAGAUGAGCUGCAGGCUGCAGAGGAUGGGAAGCUGCGCCUGGAGGUCAAUAUGCAGGCCUUGAAGGCACAGCACGAGAGGGAGCUGCAGAACCGGGAUGAUGCCAAUGAUGACAAGAAGAAACUGCUCAGCAAGCAGGUGCGAGAGUUGGAGGCGGAACUGGACGCUGAGAGGAAGCAACGGGCCCAAGCACUUGCAGUCCGGAAGAAGUUGGAGAUGGAUCUUCAGGAAGCCCAGGCACAAUUGGAUGCGACUACCAAAGGAAGGGACGAAGCUUUGAAACAGCUGCGCAAGUUGCAGGCCCAGAUGAAGGAACUCUGGCGAGAGGUUGAGGAAGCCCGGGCAGCUCGUGAGGAGAUUUUUAUUCAGUCUCGUGAGAGUGAGAAGAAGCUAAAAAAUCUGGAGGCAGAGCUACUGCAACUUCAGGAGGAACUGGCAGCAUCAGAGCGAGCCAAGAGGCAGGCCCAACAGGAGCGUGAUGACCUGGCAGAUGAGCUGGCCAAUGGAAACAGUGGCAAGUCCGCUCUUCUAGAUGAAAAACGCCACUUGGAGGCAAGAAUUGCACAGCUGGAAGAGGAACUGGAUGAAGAGCAAAGCAACAUGGAACUCAUGAAUGACCGCUACCGUAAGCUCAGCAUGCAGGUGGAAACGAUCACCACUGAAUUAGCAGCGGAGCGCAGCUUCUCUCAGAAGACUGAGAAUGCCCGGCAACAGCUGGAGCGCCAGAACAAAGACUUGAGGGCCAAGUUGGGUGAGAUGGAUUCAUCUGUGAAGUCCAAGUACAAGUUGGCCAUUGCAACUCUGGAGUCCAAGGUGGCCCAGCUAGAAGAACAGCUGGAACAGGAGUCCAGAGAGAGGAUGCUGUCAGGAAAACUUGUGAGAAGGGCAGAGAAGAAACUCAAGGAAGUGCUUCUGCAGGUUGAUGAAGAGAGGAGAAAUGCCGACCAGUAUAAGGAUCAGGUUGAAAAAGGCCACCUGCGGCUGAAACAACUGAAGCGUCAGCUGGAGGAGGCAGAAGAAGAGGCCUCACGGGCCAAUGCCAGCCGUCGUCGCAUGCAGCGGGAACUUGAGGAUGUCACUGAAUCAGCAGAAUCCAUGAAUCGCGAAGUCACCAGCCUGCGGAAUCGCCUCAGCAAGUUAGAACGACGUCAACGGAAGCGCACACCUCUCAGCUUCACCAGCCGCACCGUGCGGCAGGUCUUCCGUCUUGACGGCGUCUCAGAUGAGGAGACCGAGGACCCCGAGAGUGACUCGCCAUCUACAAACCACCAGCCUUCCCAGCCCCUGGUGCCCUCCCAAGGCCAGUCACCAGUACCUGCUGCCGAGGAGCCAGCUCAGACUCAAUAAAUGGGAAGAGUCAGACUCCCGUUGGAUGGGGUGGGAGAGGAUAGGGGCCCUACCCUUGCACAAUGUCUGACAUCGCUAAAGAAAAGAAAACACUCCCCCCCCUUGCUCCCUUCUUCUCACUUGCAAUCUUGGAUCUCCCAGCAAUCUCUUUGUAUCCAGCUGCACUUUAAUAUCAGUCACCCCUGAGGGGUGGAAAAUGGGGAGGGGAGGAGAAGGAAAAUGGGGGGCGGGGGUGUUGUUUCUGGAUUUUCACUCUGCUCUUCUUAAUGAAAACCCCCAACUCAAAUAGCCAUUGUUUUCUCUUGCACCUUUUAUUCCCCCCCGACCUUUUUCUUCUUCUUUUUCCAACUCUAGUCUGAACGUGCAAAAGAUUCCCAGCCCACGGUUAGAGAGGAAACGGGGCAGCCAAGUGGUUCAUGGACACAACGCAGGGUGGGAAAGGAAUGGCCCUCUGCCAUUGAGCUGCAUCUUCUUGGUAAAGUUGCUAGUACUGAGAUGCCUUCAGCUUUUCCACAGAGACACCACCCCCCUCCCUCCAUGCACCACUGAGAGGCAGCGAUGCUUGGGGUGCCUUCUGCUCCCCCUGACCCCCAACUUCCCAGCUUCAUCUCAAUCCUAGUUUCGGGCUCCCUGCUCCUGGGGACAGGGUGUGCUGCAGAGCCUUCUCAGGUUCCUUCACUUGGAGGAGGUCCAGAUUUGAUCAUCUCUGCUUCUUCCAGCAGACUUGGCUUGCUGGAGUUAACUUUGACUCUCCAUUUGCUGCUAGAACCCGCCCAGGUCUGGGCUAACGGGAGUAAAUGAACUGAAAACCAUUCAUCUCAGCUUGCCUCCUCUGUUCUGAAGGGGGACUUGGAUGCCAUUCUCUCUGCAUAUCAUGGCCAGCAGCCAAAGAGCACUUUGAUCUGUCACCUCCUCAAUCCCUUACUCGUAAUAUUGCUGAAACUGCUAUGGUGGUGAUGGGUGAUUUAAAAAAAAGAAAAAGAAAAGAAAAACCUAUGACAAUAAAGUUAGGAUUUGCAAACCCUAUAGGAAAAAUAACCAGGAUAACCUCAAAAUUAUAUCCUAGCCUACCCUUUCUCUGCCCGUUGUUGGGAUGACAGUGCAUUUUCGGGAGGGGGAUGGAGAAUCAGGUUGGAGAAGGUUCUUACACUUAUUUCAUCUUGGUUAAUUGCAUGUGAGUAGACUUUAGAUAGAAGUCCUAAAUGACUUAACAGCCAUUUGUUUAGUGGCCAUGAUUAAAAGUUACAAUGGCACUGAAAAAAGUGACUUAUGGUCCUUGCACUUACAACCAGUCCUCGCACUUACAACCCUUGCAGCUUCCUCACAGUCACGUGAUCAAACUACAGGUCCUUGGCCACCACUGGCAUCUAUUUACAAAGGUUUGCAGCAUCACAGAAUCAUGUGAUUGCUAUUUGCGAUUUUCCCAGCUGGCUUCUGACAAACAAAGUCGAUGAGAGAAACCAGAUUUGCUUAAAGACCGCAUGAUUCCCUUAACUGCAGCGAUUUACUUAACAACUGAGACAAAAAAAUGGGAGCUACUCUCUUAACAACCAUCUUGUUUAGCAGUGGAAAUUUUGGUCAAAAUUCAAGGACUACUUGUAUGCACAUAAUCAUUUGGUAAAAGCUGCAGCAAAGUCAAAACGACACACACAACAUCACUUGCCCUUCCCUGUGGACAUCCAGGGUUCUUGCAUUAAUUGCUUUCCCAUCAAAAAGAGAAAUAACAAGUAGAGAUAUAACUUAAAAAGAAACCAGGUUGUGUCUCCACUUCUUUCUUCUGAUCUGCAUAUACUGCUGCUUCUGUCACUUGUAAGCUACUUGUCACAAUCAUUUACUUUCACACCUGAGGCUAUUUUUGCUAUCUACACAACUUCUUACCAAAAUAAAAGUCCAACUUCUCUAUCACCGCCACCCCCAAAUUCAAACAUCAGGCUUCACGAUAAGACAGAUGAAAUUAAACAUCAUAUAAUUAUAAUCCAACAGGGUAUUCUUGCAUUAUAGAACCGAGAUUCGGAUCCGAUCUGCCAAAAAGUAAAUUAUAUGCUCCCUGCUUGCAACACUGUAAAGCCUGAUCAAUAUUUGCAUUCCCUUAUUUUAGGAAUAACAAGUGCCUCACUAUGGAGACCUAGUGCUGUUUCGCACCUUCAGUAACUUGUCUCCAAUACAUAGAUAGUCGGCAUGUGGGGAAAAUAUGUGUGAAAAUGCAUGAUUAGUGUCUCUUGCAAUCCAUCUUUGGAAGCAACUGCUGCUUCCAUCUAGGAAAACAGUGUCCACUGUAUGGAGCAGCCCUUGUCAUAAGAUGUGGAAGGAAAGUGCAUUGAGAGCCCUCUAGUUUUGCUCCACGGCAGCUUCUGAUUUUAAUUCCUUGGCAGUGGUGUACAUUCCAUGCCACGUUCAUUGCACACCUUUUUAUUUAUUAGGACAAAACUACAGCUGACAAGUUAUUGGUAGGCCCCAAGUUUGAGACAUUGCAAUCCAAUCCUAUGCAUGUUUAUUCAGAAGCUGGACUCCCUACAUUAGAAGGGGCUUAUUCCAAACUAAGUGUAUAAAAUACCAGUUGUGAACCUAAUAACAAUACCUAGCACUUACAUAGCACUUUAGUGUGUUUGAAGGAUUUCACUUGGUAUAAAGGUUGAACUUAACCUAUGAUGUGCACCUUUUAUAAAGUAGCAGCAAAUGGGUAGCAAAGGAGAAAAUACAAGUCUAGCUUAAUUCUGCACUUAAGAGUUCACUACUAAGGGUUUGCAAAUCUUAGCUUGGACUCAUAGUAACUCAUCCAGAGGUUUGUGCUUCUCUGGAACGAGGAAUUGGCUCUGGAGGUGGGCCUGCCUUCUCUCUCUCUCAAUAUAUAUAUAUAUUUAUAUAUAUUUUCAGCAUGGUAGUUUCUUGUCUUAAUUUGUUCUAAUUCUUAUUUUUUUUCUAACAAAAGCCCCCCCCCCCCUUCUCUUGAACAACAUUGUUUUACUUCAAACCCAGUGGGUUUGCAUUUUUUAAAAAUAUUUUUUGUCUCCCCCUUCUUCUUUUUUUUCUUUUUUUUCUUUGCUGUUUGAAUCUAUUUGGAAUUUUCUUAUCCUAAUGUAAAGGGCCAUAGCAAAUACCCUGCUCUUUUUUGUUUUGUUUUGUUAAAAAAGAAAAAAAAGUACUUUCUAAGAAAAAGUAUGACUUCUAUUAAAAAUUCAUCUCAGAUA